GAUGUGCAGGUCAUUCUCCCUAAACUAGCCUGCUAAUCUGCAACACCGUGACACAUACCACACGCAUGCACACACCAUCAUGGCGUGGAGAUGCUCUCACUCGACUGCAGCUUGCCGCGUCGGCGCAGGCCAACGAGACGGCGAGGCAGGAGCCGCCAUGAGCUCCGGGGAGGAAGGUGGCGGCGCCGCCGCCGGGCUAAGGCUGUUCGGGGUGCAGCUCCAUGCUGCCGCCAGCGCGCCCACGGCGUCCCAGCACUUGCACAAGAGCUAUAGCAUGGAUUGCCUCCGGCUGCAGGAUUCUUCUCCUUGCCUGGCGUCUCUCUUGUCGCCGUCGCCGUCGUCGUCGCCGCCGUUGCCGUCCGCCUUGCUACUGUCCAUCGGCGAGGAGUGCGAGAGGCCCGCCGACGGCUACCUCUCCGACGGGCCUCACGGCGCGGCAACCAUGCGGGAGAGGAAGAAAGGAGUUCCAUGGAGCGAGCAGGAGCACAGGCUGUUCCUGGCGGGACUGGAGAAGCUCGGGAAGGGCGACUGGCGAGGCAUCUCCCGGAGCUUCGUCACCACGAGGACGCCCACCCAGGUGGCCAGCCAUGCCCAGAAGUUCUUCCUCAGGCAGAACAGCAACGGCAAGAAGACCAACAAGCGCCGGACCAGCCUCUUCGACAUGGUUCAGGAUUGUGACAGUGGAAGAUCUCUUGCCUCUGAUCCUGCUUCUCACUGCAAGAACAUCUCUGCCUCUCUGUCUCUGAAAGUCUCGCACCAGAAAUCAGCUGACAGUGUAUGGCUUUCGUCAGAGGCAUCAGUUUCAGAUGCAGCUCCAGCCGUCAUGGAGCAGGCACAGCAAGCUCAUGGAUACGGCAGUCACCACUGCACUCCUCUGGACCUGGAGUUGGGCAUGUCCCUGUCGACGCCAUCCAUCGGAACCUAGCACAAGCAGCGUAGGUGCCGUGGUCAUCCAUCGAUUGGAUUCCCGAGAUGCUUAACAAUUUUAUCAACAAUAUCCUCAGGGUCAAGUUCCAAGCAUGUUGCUGCCGCCGAAUCUAAUUGACAGCCAUGGGGACAGGGUUGUAGACAAAGUUUGUAAUCUUGUAACAUCGUCUUGUCGAGCCAUUCACGCAUGUAUGGUCACAACUCGCAAGCACUGCUCAUAUCUGCAAUGCUGCCAUGCUUAGCACCUUCUGCUGCAUCAAUAGAAAAAAAAUUGCAGCACUCUGUAUGUAUGUACGACUACUGUCCUUGUUGAUAUCUGAAUCUCUGUUGUUUGCGGUAUGACUCAUAUCAUUGCAAACUGAUCGAGCAACAGCACUAGCGACAAGAGUGUGGUUGCAGUGUCAAUGGCGAUUAUAUUGGCAAGCAAUCUAUAGUG